UACUGGUGUACAGAGCUGGAAGAGAUCCUCACCCUCCCAGGGGCCAUCUCGUUGGAUGUACUGGAUAAUACGUUACGAAUGGUCAUCUCCCUCUUUUCAAGCUCGCACGACAAAUACAUGCAAUCCCCCGGAGAAUCCUCCCAUGCGUAUUACUUGUUGCUCAAGAGCGAUCUCUUUCGGUAUCAUUCGGAACGGAUGAUCAACCUCAUCUUGGCCGAGGCUGAAGAGAAUACCAACCCUCACACCCUUUUCAUCCUGUACAACAUCCUCUUACUGUGGGGAUCCAAGCAUCAUAGUCUCUUUCGGAGUCAUAGGCGGUGGAAGCGGCUCUCGAGAGGUUUGGGCGACGUCUUUGAUGCGGAGAUCGACGAGCGUUCGGUGGAUUCGGAUGGGAACCCCCCGAUCGAAGCUAGAUUACGGUUACCGGCUACUCAGCUGAUGUACGAGGUCCUCCGGGUACAAAAGCUCAGUGCCGAAGAACUAGAGGGCUUCACCGACGACUUUAUCGAUAGGCUUUUCGAGCUCGUGGAGACUUCCCGGAAUUUCGACGAGGAGUUGAAUUACGCCGUGAUCCGGUUGAUCAUCGCGUUGAACGAGCAGUUCAUGGUCGCCUCAGCCCAAUCGGUCGUUCCUAAACAAGGAGGCCUCAAACCGCCAGAAGACCCCUCACACGGUCUCCUUUCCCCCACGCCUGCCGCGCCUGACGCUCGGACCUUGUUAUCCCCACCACCAGAGCACUUGCCACCCUCGAUGGCACCGACGACGAGGAACCAUCACCGAGCGCAUUCCAAUUUACAUCCUCCUCUUCACGUCGAGGAGACAAAGGGCAAGAAUAGGGUGUUGGGCGUCUUGAUGAGUCGGUUGGGGAACAGCAAGACGUUUGGCGAGAAUGUGAUUUUCAUGUUGAAUCGGUGUCAAAACACCCCGGACGACCUCUGUGUGCAGUUGUUGUUGCUCAAGAUCCUCUACCUGCUUUUCACGACGGCGGGUACACAAGAGUACUUUUAUACCAACGAUCUGCGGGUGCUCGUGGAUGUUUUCUUACGGGAACUGGUAGAUCUACCGGAAGAGAGCGAGGCUUGCCGUCAUACCUACCUUCGGGUACUUCACCCGCUCUUGACCAAUACCCAACUGAAAUCCGAACCUUACAAACACCCUCAGAUCCGACUUGUCCUCCUCUCUCUGACCUCCCACUCUCACAUCCGGGAGGUCGACCCGACGACCAAACGUCUCGUCGAGCGAUGUCUCAACGCGGACUGGGGUGACGGUGGGGGAAGGGGAACGGUCGUUGCGGGUUUGAGGCAUAUACCGUUGACAGGCGAGAAUGAGCCUUUGAGCUUGGAAGCGAACCACGGGCAUAUGAUCGUCCCUGAGAACGUCAAGGGGAUGUCGAUCGAUGCGCCGGCACCGGUGGAGGAGAAGGCGCCGAAGAUGAAACGUGGACAGAGUCUGCUACGGAAACUCGGUCGGAGCCAGAGGUGA